UCCGCGCGCCUCAGUGUUUUUACGCAUCCCGAGCGCGUUGAGUGUCUGCGAGCCCCGGAACAGCCAUGGCAGCAGCUGCAUGUUUCCGGUGUGAGGGCUGCGCGCGCGGUGUGCGGAGAGGAGCGACAUGACCGCGUGCAGCACCGGGACCGGGAGGAGCCGCGGCGCGCGAGCUCAGGAGGAGCGGCCGCUCUGUCCGUCCGCGCUGCUCGCGCACAGCGCUCUGCUCGCCGCGUGCGCGCUCUGCUACUCUAACGCGCUAUGGGGGGAGUUCGUGCACGACGACGUCUGGGCCAUCGUGAACAACCCGGACGUGCGGCCCGGCUCCAGCCUCCUCAGCAUCUUCACCGACGACUUCUGGGGCAAAAGGAUGGCCGACAACACGAGCCACAAGUCGUACCGUCCGCUCUGCGUGCUCACCUUCAAGUUGAACAUUGUACUCGGUGGGAUGAGUCCAUUUUAUUUCCACCUGGUGAACGUGUGUCUGCACUGCAUCGUCACCGCUCUUCUAAUGCACACCUGCAGACACUACGUGUUCCAGGACGGACGCCUGGCCUUCCUCACUGCGCUCCUCUUCGCCGUCCAUCCAAUCCACACAGAAGCAGUAUCAGGGAUUGUCGGAAGAGCAGACGUCCUGGCCUGUAUGUUGUUCCUCUUAGCCUUUCUCUCUUACAUCAGGAGUGUAUCGGCAUGCCGCGUGUCAGACUCCGUCCCCUCCACGGCGUCUCCGUGCUCUCUGGCGCUUUGCCUGUUCCUGGGCACCAGCGCCAUGCUGGUCAAAGAGACGGGCAUCACCGUGUUCGGGGUGUGCGUGCUGUACGACGGCCUGGUGCUCUGCCGCAAGCCCCUCUUCGCGCAUUUGUCCCGGUCCAGGCUGAAGGAGCUCAGUCGAAUCUCUCGGCCCUUGAUCAAAAGAACAUGUGUGGUCUCAGUGUAUGUGCUGUUGAUCCUCUGUGCUCGCCUGUGGGUCAUGGGAGGUUCCAUGCCUCUAUUUUCCGAGCAGGACAAUCCAGCAUCUUUCUCACCUUUCCUCCUCACUAGGUUCCUCACUUACUGCUAUCUCCUGGCCUUUAAUGCCUGGCUGCUCCUGGCUCCUAUAGUGCUGUGCUAUGAUUGGCAGGUAGGCAGCAUCCCUUUAGUGGAGUCUUUGUGGGACUCUCGCAACAUGGCUGCUGUGAUGCUGGCGCUGGGAAUGCUCGCUCUCUGCCUGCACUGUGUUACAUCACUACAGAAGAUGUCUGGCAGGGAGGUGCUGGUGGGAAUUCUGUUCCUGGUGUUCCCUUUUAUCCCCGCCACUAAUCUGUUCUUCCGUGUGGGAUUUGUGGUGGCUGAAAGAGUCCUCUACAUGCCCAGUAUGGGUUACUGCAUCCUGGUGGUGCACGGGCUGAACCGCCUGUGUGCGGCGCUGAGCCGCUGGGGUGCGGCGGCGCUCACCGUCUCCAUGCUGCUGCUGCUCCUGCUGUUCUCCUGGAAAACCGUGCAGCAGAACGAGAUCUGGCUCUCCCGAGAAGCUCUCUUCAGGUCCGGUAUUCAAACAUUACCUCAUAACGCAAAAGUACACUACAACUACGCCAACUUCCUGAAAGACAAAGGACAAAACCAGGCAGCAAUUCACCAUUAUAAAACAGCUCUCAGGCUGUACCCUCGGCAUGCCAGUGCCAUGAACAACCUGGGCACCCUGACUCAUGACACAAAGCAGGCGGAGCUCUACUACAGAAAAGCGCUUGACAUUAACCCCCAACACAACCGUGCGCUCUUCAAUCUUGGCAACCUUCUCAAGUCCCAGGGGAAGGAGGAAAAAGCUGAGCACAUGCUAAAGGAAUCGAUUCGCUUCGGGCCACAGUUUGCUGACGCCUACUCCAGCUUAGCCUCGCUCUACGCUGACCAGAAGCGCCAUGCAGAAGCGAAUGAGAUUUACACAGCGGGAAUCGAGAAUUGCCCAGACAGCUCUGACCUCCACAACAACUACGGCGUGUUCCUGGUGGACACGGGUGAUGGCGAGCGAGCGACCGUUCAUUACCAGCACGCCAUCCGGCUGAAGCCCUCUCAUUACGUUGCCAUGGUGAAUCUUGCCCGGCUGCUGCGCUCCUCUAACGACAUCAAAGAGGCGGAGAUCUGGUACAAGCGAGCGCUGCAGGUGGUGCGUAAGGUGGACAUCCUGACUCCCCUGGGAGCGCUGUACUAUAACACGGGCCGCUAUGAGGAGGCUCUGCAGGUGUACCGAGAGGCCGCGUCGCUGCAGCCGGACAACCAGGACGUCUGGCUCGCUCUGGCUCAGGUGUUGGCAAUGGCGGGCCGCGCGAAGGAAGCCGAGAAAAUGACUCUGAUGAUCAUUUCGAAAAGCAACAGCUGUAUAGAGUGUUACCGCCUGCUGUCUGCUAUCUACAGCAAGCAGGGAAACUACACCGAGGCGUUGGACGCUUUAGAUAGAGCUCUCCAGCAGGAGCCACUGGACCCUGCAGUGAAAGCCGAGCUUCACUUCUCCAUGGGCAACCAACUGCGAGAGAUGAAUGAGCUAGACCGAGCCUUUGAGAGCUACAAACUGGCUGUUGCACUCAAGCCUGACCAAUCACAAGCUUGGAUGAACAUGGGAGGGAUACAGCAUAUAAAGGGAGACUAUGUAGCAGCAAGAACGUUUUACCAAAGAGCUCUCCAGCUCUCUCCUGGCUCCAAGCUGCUGAAGGAGAACCUGGCCAAGCUGGACAGACUGGAGAAGAAACUGCAGGGAGGAUAAAGGAGCCGUUAAAACACAAUGAGGAGAUUAUCUUCAAUGAGGGCUUGCAGAGUCGAUACACCAAGAGAGAGAGAGAGAGAGAUCCUGAGCUGACUGCUUUAAAAGCGACUUCAAUGAUCAAUUGUGCUGGAAAAGGAAAUCUGUAAAAGGAGAUCCAGGGCUGACAUUAAGGAUCCACCCUGCCAUAGUGCCACAGAGUGCAGUGUAUCAUAUGGUAGCCUGAUUGACCUGUCCUAUAUUUAGCUUUUUUUGAUCUCUUAUCAGGAGCAAGAACAUUUAAAAGGUGCCCUGCAAAAAAAAAAAAACGUAUCUCAUUGACCUGCUGCAUCUCACACACUCGAGGAGCUUUCAUCUAAACGUCCAGUUCAGUGAGUUCAGAUCAGCAGGCUUUUAGAGCUCUCCGAGUGUGUUCUGUGAACAUGACGACGCUCUGCAUUCAACACAGAAAGAUCGGAAAACGUCCGUGUGUUUGUUGCUUUGUGUAAGAUUUUUAUCUGUGGGUGUACAACUGACUUUGAAUUGUGUGUGAACUUGCUUGGAAAAAAUAAAUAAAAGACAGGGAUUGUUUUUGCCAUGUGAAUGUCACACUUCUACUGAGCUACUUUAACAUGUACAACAUUUUUCCUUUUUUAUUUUUUAUCUCAAUGUCGAAAAAACAAAAUGACAAACGUUGCUUUAAUUUAAAGGAAAUGUAACUUUUUACAAAUCAGGCUCUUCUUAUUUCCCCUAAUAAUAUGAAAUGACACACACAUCAGCCAUAACAUUAAGAUGUUCUGUUAACAUUUAUUUUAAUUAUGUACCAGUAAACUGGUGACGGGAUCAUGGGGCACCCGAGGCUCAUCUGUUGCGAUCCAACAGAAAAGCCAAUACAGGGCAAAUUGCCAAAAAGAAGUCGAGGCUGGCCAUAAUAGAAAGGCAUCAGAACACCCAGUGCACCACAGCGCGGCACACACAAGUUCCAGCAGGCAAAGAGCUCAAAGCUGCCACUCUGGCCUUCAGACUUCCCAGAUCCCAGUCUAAUCGAGCAUCAAUGUGAUGCGCCGGAAAAAUGAGUCCGAUCCACAGAGACCCCACCCUGCAAUAACCACACAGUACCCGAAGGAUCUGCUGUUAACUCACUGGUCCCACACCAUGCCCCCGGAGGCCCUGCAGAACCACACCCUGAGGGGCCAGGGCUGCCCCGGUCAUCCAAGGGGAACCAGAAACCUUGGUGGUGUUAAUGUUAUGGCUGAUCUGCGUAUAGUUUUACACGCCCUGAUCUCAAGAUGAUAGGAUGUGCUUUAUGAUACUUAUCCAUGUUGUGAUCAUUAUUUCAUUCACAAUUCCUUUAUUCAUGUUUUUGUAACUUAUGGAAAACCCUUCGGCUGUAACGGCACAUUUCAUAAAAUUACAGAAUGUGGAAUUAAUUUUCCCUUAUUUAAUAAAGAAUAUCCAAAUUAUAGAACAUAA